AUGGUUCGACCACCAUUAUCUCAAGAAGAUUAUUCUUUAUCUACUGAUAAUACGAAUACAUCAUUUUCAUCAUUACCAAGUGAAUCAGGUGAAUUUACUGUUACAUCAAAUUUUAGUCCAUCACCACAUACAACAACAACAACAACAGCUAAUAUUCCAACGGAAUUAUCUUCAAAUCGAUAUCCUUAUGUUGAACAGUAUUUAAAUAUUUAUUAUAAAAAAAGUCUUGGUCAAUCCAUGAUAUUAGCAACAAGUCAAUUAGUUGAAAAUACACUUGCACUUUACGAUAGUAUGGAUGAUGAAGCAGCUAAUUCAUAUAUACUUUCAUUUAUUCUAUUACGUGUUGGUUGUCUAUCUAAAACAUAUGAUUUUGAACAAUUUAUUGAUAUGAAUCGAGAAGAAAAAGAUAUGAUUAUUAAAGAAAAUUGGUCCGGUGAAAAAGUUUUAAUGAAUUUAACAUCAAAAGAUGAAGAAAUAGGAAAAAAUUAUAAACGUUUUGAAGCAUUUUUUUCAACACUUGCUUGUCUUCGUUUUGAUGAUAUUAUACGAAUAAAUAAUGAAACGAAUUUAAAAAAAAUUAUUUAUUUAUUAAUCGAUGAUAUUCAAUCAGCUAUUGUUGAAUAUCGUUUUACAAUAUUACUUGCUCUUGAAGCUAUUCUUCGUGGUUUAAUCACAACUGUUGCUCAUGGAAGAAGAAAUAAACCAGGAAAAAUUUCACCUUUCAUUGGACAUAAGGAUGCAACAAAAAUGUUCGAAUUUGUAUCAAUGGUUUUCACUAAAGCAAUAGCUCCUCGUCUUUCUGAUUCUGAAUCACAAAUUAGUCAUAUGGCAUUUCAAGCAUUGAUUGAAUUAUGUGAAAUUUGGCCGAAUUCAUGGAUAUCUAAAGAAGCUUUUGAUGAAUGUAUCUAUUCGAUUAUUUCACAGGAUGAUAAAUCUGAUUUUAAUAAUUCGAUUCGAGUUUUUCGAACAUUAUUAACUCAUAAUGAAUUUGAUAAAGAAUCCAUUCGUCAAUAUAUUCAACAUUUACUAAUAAAUAUUUCAUCUGAUGAAUUCGAACUCAUAUCUGUACCAAAUACAACCUCAAUAUAUAAAUUAAUUAAUGAUAUAUUAACAAUUUAUCCAGAAAUGUUUUCAACAAAAAUGAUUUAUCAUUGGUCAAGUGGAAUAUUUCAAGAUAACAAUCGAACACAAAAAUUAGCUUUAAAUUAUCUUCUAAGUCUUAUUCAAAUGAAUGAAGAUCAAUUUCAAUCAACGACAAUAUGGCCUUAUAUUAUUCAUGUUUAUAUGAACAUAUUUCAGGUAAAAAAAAUUUUUAUGAACAUAAUCGUUUAUUCUUAA